CUGAAUCAAGAUGACUUUCGUAAACUCUUAGCUACCCCACGACCGCCUCGUCAUAAUGACAGUGAUGGUAGUGCCAUACCGAUAACAGCACCCAAACGUAAUGCCGGUGCUGCAAUAUUUGCACAACCACGAUCGAUGAGAAAGAAAAAUUUCAACAAGGCAAAAAAAGAAGAGGAAAUUGAAACUGUUCCUCAAACGCCAUAUCGUGAUAGAGCAGCAGAAAGACGACAGCAAGAGCUAGCAGCGGCAGAAUCGGAAGCUCCUGUAGGCUUCUCAGUAGCUAAAGCAGCUGACGACUACUCGCAACUUAGUACUGAGGAACUCUUAAAAAGAACACAAGCUGAGCGAGAUCAGGAGUUAGAUGCAAAACAACUUUAUGAACAAUCGAAAUAUUUGGGUGGUGACGUUGAUCAUACUCAUCUCGUCAAAGGAUUGGAUUAUGCUUUAUUACAGAAAGUAAGGAAAGAUUUAGAGCAUAGAAAUAAAGAAAAAAAUCGAGACACUGACGAAGAGAUGGAAGACGGAAAUGAUAAUGAAGACGAAGAACUAGACGAUCAUGCUCAAGACGAUACUCUCGGCUUAAUGGAUAAACGAAAUUUUCGUACUGUGAUGGCUAGAAAUAUUGUAGAAAUAGCAGUUCAACAAUCUGCGAAUGAUAAACAAAUGCAAAGGACGGACCUAUUUGAAUCAGGCCGUAUGGCAUAUGUUUUUGAGUUAGCUGAUGAAGUAGGCAAUUAUACGGAUCCUUUUGCGAUUCCUACGUCUGUUAUCCGAAGUAAAGCAGAUAUGGCGGCAAAGAUAUCUUCCAGAGGAGGAUGGUCAGAAGAGAAUCAAUCGGAGGCCGACUUCGUUAUUGAAAAAGUGUCUCAGGUAAUGGCAGGAGUGCGACGAGGAAAGAGCGAUAAUCUGACAAAACAUCAGCAAGCAGCAACACUGACAAAAGCAACGCAAUUGAUAAGUGAGCCAGUUGCUAUGAGUGAAGAUGGAUUUGAUGGCGAUAUCUUUGCAGACGUAGGACGAGAUUAUCAAUUAGAUGAGAGUCAUGUCAGUACCACUGAAACAUCAGAAACAUUACCACCAGCAACGAAAAUGGAAAGGGGCGGUUACUUCCAAGGCUUAGCAAACAAUGACGAUGAUGAAAUGGCUGAGGCUGCUGAUGCAGCGACGGAUAAUGCUGUCAAUGCACUGCUUACGAAAGCAACAAGAACAUUACCAACAAAAAAAAUGAAGUAUAGCCAUGAUAAUGAUGUUUCCGCUCCAAUAUCUGCAUCAACGUCAAUACUGAAUAUGGAUGCAGAUGAAGCGGACAUCGAUAUGUUUGGUUUAAGUUCUUCUGCGUUACCAACUUCCUUUGAAGAACACAAAAGAGCAGUUGCUGCCUAUGAGUCAGGCGACAGUAGUGACAAUGAUGAAGAAAAUGAAAAUGAUAGUGCUACACAAAUGAUGGAUCAAGGUACAAAUCGCAAUAAGAAAGCACAGUUAACACGGUGGGACUUUGAUACAGAAGAAGAGUGGCAAAAGUAUAAAGACUCAAUAGAAAUCCACCCAAAAAGUGCUUUUCAGUUUGGCGUUAAGCUGGGCGACGGCAGGAAACGUAAUAGGGAAAGAAAAGGCAUGACUGAAAAACAGAAAUUAGACAGAGAAUAUCAAAAAGUGAAAAAUAUUAUGAGUCAAAAGUAUGGAAAAACUUUAGAUAAAUAA